CCACACAGCGCUAUGGCGUCGGUCGCCGCCUGGCUCCCGUUCGCCCGCGCCGCCGCCAUCGGCUGGGUGCCCAUCGCCACGCACCCACUGCCGCCGCCGCCCGUGCCCAAGGACCGUCGCCGCGCAGAGGACGAGAAGCUCCUCAUAAACGUCUCCGGCCGCCGCUUCGAGACCUGGCGGAACACCCUCGAGAAGUACCCCGACUCUCUCCUUGGCUCCUCCGAGCGAGAAUUCUUCUAUGAUGAGGACAGCAGAGAGUACUUCUUCGACAGGGAUCCCGAUAUAUUCCGACACAUUCUCAAUUACUAUAGAACCGGCAAAUUGCAUUAUCCGAAACACGAAUGCUUGACAGGCUACGAUGAGGAGCUUGCGUUCUUCGGUAUACUACCCGACGUGAUCGGCGACUGCUGCUAUGAGGACUACAGGGAUAGGAAAAGGGAAAACGCAGAAAGGCUAAUGGACGAUAAGUUAAGUGAGGCCGGGGAUCAAAGCCUACCCCAGCUUACGGAUUUAAGGCAGAAAAUGUGGAGGGCGUUCGAGAACCCGCACACGUCCACUGCCGCUCUAGUAUUCUAUUAUGUGACGGGUUUCUUCAUUGCGGUCUCGGUGAUGGCUAACGUUGUGGAGACGGUGCCCUGUGGCCACAGGCCAGGGCGCGCCGGGACCUUGCCUUGCGGCGAGCGAUACAAGAUAGUCUUCUUUUGUUUGGACACCGCGUGCGUGAUGAUAUUUACAGCGGAGUAUCUGCUGCGGCUGUUCGCGGCACCGGACCGCUGCAAAUUCGUGCGUUCCGUGAUGUCGAUAAUCGACGUGGUGGCCAUCCUGCCGUACUACAUCGGGCUGGGGAUCACCGACAAUGAUGACGUGUCCGGCGCGUUCGUCACCUUGAGAGUGUUCCGAGUGUUCCGUAUCUUCAAGUUCUCGCGGCACUCUCAAGGUCUUAGGAUCCUGGGUUACACGCUCAAGUCAUGCGCUAGUGAGCUCGGCUUCCUGGUCUUUUCGCUCGCCAUGGCCAUCAUCAUUUUCGCGACGGUGAUGUUCUACGCUGAAAAGAACGAACAGGACACAAACUUCACGUCCAUUCCUGCCGCCUUCUGGUACACCAUUGUGACCAUGACUACUCUCGGCUACGGUGACAUGGUGCCGGGGACAAUCGCCGGUAAGAUAGUGGGUGGCGUGUGCUCGCUGUCCGGAGUGCUUGUCAUCGCCCUGCCCGUGCCCGUCAUCGUCUCAAACUUUUCCCGAAUCUACCAUCAGAAUCAACGUGCUGACAAGAGAAAGGCGCAAAGGAAAGCGCGCCUGGCCCGUAUCAGGAUCGCUAAGGCGUCGUCGGGCGCGGCGUUCGUGUCUAAGAAGAAAGCUGCUGAGGCACGCCUCGCCGCACAGGAGUCUGGCGUCGAACUUGAUGACGCCGGACGAGAUGAAGAUAUUUUCGAAUUGCAGCACCAUCAUCUGCUGCGAUGCUUGGAGCGUACUACUGAUCGUGAAUUUGUCGAAAUGGAGAAUCCGUACAAUGGUGCUGUAAAGCGUCCCGGCUCGCCCUCCCCCCUCGCGUCGCCCGCGCACUCGGGUCGCGCCCCCGCACUUCUAGCCUGCUGCGCGCGCUGCGGUUGCUGUCCGCAGAAGUACCAGGUCCUGCUAUUAGAUCCUGGUAGGAAAGGGCGCGCGCGAGGGAACCGCCGGUACACCGCGACCUCUCGCCCCUCAGACACUUCAAUGUCGGCCGCGCCCAGUGAAGACCCUUUACCACAAGCUUGUGGCAAAUACAUUCCGGCAGGCAGCACGGUGCAAGGCAACCAGACCGGUGUCGCAAUGGACGGGACUUACCUCGUAGAGGCAUCCUUCUAGGACCCAACCACUAGCGCCCAUGUGGAGAGCUAUGUGUGACUUGUGUAUACAUACCAAAUGUAUAAUAGUGAAAUGGUGUAUACAAUUUCGGACUUCCUCAACAAAUGGAUGAAGUAUGAAACAGUGCAAUGACGUUGUAUGCUGAAUUUAACAAUUAUUAGGUUAUGAGCCUUUAUGGUCUUGUACUAACAUAAUACUGCCUAUUGAUAUCACAUUUGUAUUUUAAUUCCAAAUACCAAUUGGGACUUGAGGUUUUAUGGAUUUGAAUAGUAUUUGAGGAAUAGGCGAUUGAUUUGCG